AUGCACGCAAGACAAUGGAGAUCCAACGAAAGCCUCACGUCCAUACGCAGUGAUUCUUUUUCCAUUUCUUUCUUUUCCCCCACUUAUUUGACGCUGAUCUCUUCCUUCGAUAUAUUGCUCUCUUUCUCUCUGUCUCCUCUGCCCCUCUCUCUCCCCUACCCCUCUCUCUCCCUACCCCCUCUCUACGCCCCCUCUCUCUCUCGACUGCUGGUAUUUUUUCUCUUUCUUUUACUCAACAUUGCUUUUUUUUUCUUUCUCUUUCUCGGGCGCUUAUCUUUCUCCCCCUCUUUCUCGAACGCUUGUAUAUUUCUCUCUCUCUCUCUCUCUCUCGAUUUCUAUUUCUUGACCAUUUAUCUUCCUCUCUCUUUUUUGGAAGCACAUAUUUCUUUGUCUCUCUCUCUCUCUCUCUCUCUGUCUUUACUAGCCCACUUAUCUUUCUCUUCCUCUUCGAUGAGCGUUUCUUUCUUUCUUUCUUUUUCGCGACCGCUUCUCUCUCUCACUCUCUCUUUCUCGAGAGCAUAUUUAUUUAUUUAUUUAUUUCUCUAUCUCUAUUUUUCGACCGCUUAUCUUUCUCUCUCUUUCUUGAUUGUUUAUCUAUUUCUCUCUCUUUCUAGAAUUAAAGGAGCAACACUCUCACAUGAACUUGGCUAUUACCACAACGAUUACCAACUUCCCCAACUGCUCCGACCAUUCCCGACCGCUUCUUCAUCCAUUUUUGUGCAACGGCAGGAGGAACCGCUGUUGGAAGAAGCAGCGUACUACCAAACAAUAAACGCCAUUAUAACCAGCCACCCAUACAGGCUCCUAUCUACCAAUUUUAUUGAUCAGGACGUGCUGGCCACCAUGGCGACUGCUAUGCCAACAAGUCGUUCAUUUUUGUACCGAAUCGUUGCUGGACGUAGUAGAAUCAGCUCACUGAACUAUGUAACUUAUUUUAUUAAUAUUCAUCUCUGCCAUUGUAUAUUCACUAUCUAUCUAUCUAUCUAUCUAUCUAUCUCAGUUUCUUCCUACGUAUGGCCCAGUAGAAUCAGCUCACUGAACUAUGUAACUUAUUUUAUUUCCGUUGUAUCUCUGUUGUGUUCUCUUAUCCUCGUUGUAUACUCAUUAUCUAUCUAUCUAUCUAUCUAUCUAUCUAUCUAUCUAUCUAUCUAUCUAUCUAUCUAUCUAUCUCAGUUUCUUCAUACUUACUUAGUUGUUUCGUUCCUUACUGCUUCCCUAUCUAUCUAUCUAUCUAUCUAUCUAUCUAUCUAUCUAUCUAUCUAUCUAUCUAUCUAUCUAUCUAUCUAUCUAUCUAUGUAUGUCUGUUCAUUGAUUUAUUUGUAUUUAUUUAUCAAAUAUCUAUCUAUCUAUCUAUCUAUCUAUCUAUCUAUCUAUCUAUCUAUCUAUCUAUCACAUUCUUUUCAUUUUCUUUCUUUCUAUCUAUCUAUCUAUCUAUCUAUCAUUUUACACACCCACUCAUAUCUGUCUAUCGAAUCUAUCUAUCUAUCUAUCUAUCUAUCUAUCUAUCUAUCUAUCUAUCUAUCUAUCUAUCCCAGUCUCUUCAUUAUCUAUCUAUCUAUCUAUCUAUCUAUCUAUCUAUCUAUCUAUCUAUCUAUCUAUCUCAGUCUCUUAUUAUCUAUCUAUCUAUCUAUCUAUCUAUCUAUCUAUCUAUCUAUCUAUCUAUCUAUUACUCUGCAAAUUCUCUCUUAUUACUUUCCACUUCAUAAUUCGUACAACAUUCCUCAACAACCUGUUCGCUCAACCACUUGGCCACGAACCACCAUAAUAAGUACAACUACUAUCAACCAUAACUACUAG